AUGUAUUCCGAUCUCAUGUCCUACAACAUCCUUCUGGCCAUCUACCUGCGGCCAGUAGCUGCACAGUACCUAGCUCCGCUUCCUGAAGAGUAUAGUGGUGUUGCAGCCGUGCUCAUCGAAGACAACCUUGCUGUCAUCCCGGGCAACUGGAGCUAUGAGUCCAACAUGGUGCCCUUCUACAACGUGACCAGCGACGACGAAGACUUCCAAGAUGCCGCCGACACGAUCGCCGCAGCCGACUUCAUCGCCUUGAGCCCAGACUUCCUCUCCCUAAUCGGUCCCUCAGCAACCCUUGACCGCAUCGUCAACUUCACCAGUCCAGAAGUCGAGCUCGUCCACGAAGCACCCGCCUACGUCCCCGACACAAACGAGCUCCUCUUCUCCACGACUACCGCCAUCGGCCGCCUCUGGGCUCUCAACCUCGAUACCCUCGAGCUCCGCAACCUCACCCUUGACCCACCGCUCUCCAACAUCAACGGCGCUACCUAUCACAAUGGCACCGUCUACGUCUGCACCAACGGCGGCGACGUCCGCGGUAUCUUCUCCGUCAACUUCACCACGGGCGCCACGGCACCGAUCGUGAACAACUACCGCGGCCGACGCCUCAACUCGCCCAACGACGUCAUCUUUGAUAGCCCGGGUAAUAUGUGGUUCACCGACCCGGCGUAUGGGUGGUAUUCCGAGUUCGAGGGUGUCGGCGAGCCCGAGCUGCCGCAAUCGAUCUACUUCUUCAACAUGACAUCGAAGGCGCUGCAGGUCGUGUCGAAUGAUGUGGUGCAUGUGCCGAAUGGGCUGGCGUUUUCACCAGAUGAGACGAAGCUGUACGUGGCGGACUCAGCAAACUUGCAGGGACGCCCUCUGGGGGACACAGAUCCGAUGGGCUUGAGGAAUGUGGUUGCGUUUGAUGUUGAGCAGUAUCCUUUGUUGAGCAAUCCGACGUUGGUGCAUCAGACUGAGGUUGGCUGGCCAGACGGCCUCCGCAUUUCCUCCUCCGGCCUGAUCGUAGUCGGCGUCAGAGGCGCGGCGGACGUCGUCGACCCUCGCACUGGCACCCUUCUCGGCAAGUUCAAUUGUCCGGACGACAUUAUCUACAACGUCGAACGCAUCGCUGAAACUGGGACCUGGUUCCUGAUCGGCGGCAAGCAUAUCUACCGUGUUGCGAUUGCCGAGACGAGCCCGCCUUUGGCCGGUUCUUGA